CCCGGGGCAGUGUGCCGGAGCCCGGAGCCUCGGUGAAGGGGUGUGUGUGAUGCGGGUGCUUGCUGUAAGGGCUUGCACCGCCUUGUGGAACACCCUGGUUCAGUUGUUAGAGGUCCUCGUUGGGGUGAACCUCAGCAAGGCGUUGACUCCGUGACACACGUGUGAUAGAAGCGCCUCGUUAGUUAUUUACUCAUAUAGUUACGUUGAGAGCAGAGAUAGUGCCUGGCCACGGUGCCGCGUCUGACAUCAUCGGGAUGCUUCCACCCGCCAGGAAGACCUCCACGCGGCUACUGCUUCUCGGUGAAGGCGGUGGUACCACACAGCGGUUUGUUUGACACUAGCAUGUGGUGGAGGGGAUUGGUGAGCCCACACAAGCUUGUGAUGGUGAGGUGGAGCCCGUGCAGGAAGGGCCUGUGGUGGAGCACAUGGUCCGGACUAUUCAUUCCGGAAGUGGCGCUAAUUAAUGUGGUGGCGUGUUUGGCGGGCCACAGACCUUGGUGGCUCGCUGAGGGGAAGAUGACAAACCGAGGAUGGCGGUGGCCUCACUAUACUGGAGGCACGGCUUGUCUUUGUUUAUGAGAAACUAACAUUUUGUGGAGGUAAUGUUGUGUCUGCCGAUUUCAGUUCAGUGGAUUCCUUAUUGUAACAGGAAAUAGAUUUCUGACGGUGCAGUGAGGACGGUGCAAUAAAGAUACUUGUGAAUUAGUGACAAUAUUUGAUGAGGACUGACAGUGGUGAUCAGUCAGUGGAAGUUCCUCGGCGUGGACAGUGCCGCCAUGUACGGGCGUCACCAGUUGCAUGAGGAGCCAGCCUCGUGUGGCUGCGGGUUGGUCCGCAGUCCUGCACGGCGUAGGCGAAACAACCAACCUGAGCCUGUGUCCAGACUCUACUUUGACUACAUCAGAGUGCCCAGCCACAACCGGCAGGAGACCACGCUGGUCCACCCCGUCACUCACAAGACAGCACUCCAGGCCGAGGCCAUCCCUCCUCCCCCUCCUGCGGCGACCCAGCGGUGUGAGGCAUCAUCAGCAGCGCCUGUUCCCAGCGGCCUCAACAACCAUGAGUCCAGGAAGGGGGCUGGCCGUCGGCGUGGAGGCUCUUGGGUGAAGACUCCAGGUGCGCGGCGGCCCGAGGUGGCCCCCGUCACCCUCCAGGGAUGGCUCUACAAACAAGGGGCCGAUGGACUCCACCUAUGGAAGAAGCGGUGGUUCGUGUUGUCAGAGUACUGCCUCUACUACUACAAGGGUCCCGAUGAAGACAAGGUGCUGGGGUCCCUACCGCUGCCUUCCUUCAAGAUUAGCCCUGUAGAUUCCGAGGACCGCGUGUACCGGCGCCAUGCCUUCAAGGCGGAGCACCAGAACACCCGCACCUACUACUUCGCCGCCGAGACCAAGGAGCAGAUGACCCACUGGAUGAACGCUCUCUCCCUCGCGUCUAUCCUGCAGAAAGACACAAGCAUUGAGGAGAAGCUGAGCAGCGGCAGCAGUGCGCGACGCAGCGAGAGGCCCUCCGUCUCCUCCCUCGCCUCCACAGCCUCGCCCUCGGCAGACGAGAGUGAUUCGGGUUUUCACGGGUACCGCUCCCGCCGGUACCGCUCCCCCGACGGCCGCUCCCUGGACGAGGCUAGUGAAUCCUCUCGGCUACAAGGUGACCGUCUUAACACAUCAUGUGACUCAUCUGUCAUCCUUCGGCCUGGUGAUCGUCAACCUCUCUAUGCCAACGCUCCUCCAAAACCCAAGAGGCUUAACUCCUCUCGGGAUUAUAGCACUUCUCCUGAACGUUCCCCUGAAAGAGACGAGCGGGACCCACGCACUUAUACUGAUCACGGUGGUGGAGGCAGCAGUGGAGGCUGCAGCAGCGGUCUAGAAACCCGUGGUGUUCAUUACCACCCACCUUCAGCAGAGCGAAGGACUCCUGAUGCAUAUGGAGUAACAGCUGGUGGAGGUCGUGGGGACUAUGAAGAUGUCUAUGGAGACAGUAAUGGCUCAAACUCUACCCCUCACAGUCCAAUACGGAGAGGAGAUCAACGAGACUCUUAUGCCUCUUCAAGGAGUGGAGGAACAAGAUUAUCAGAAGAGCUGCAAUUGUCAGAGCCACUGAGAUCCAAAUUCUGCAGACAAGAAGACACAUUACCUAGGGACUCACACCACCGUCACUGCCCAACAGGACCACCCCGGCCACACAGUGCUGAUUUUCUUGAGUACGACCGAAGGCACGGGAAAAGUGAGAUGUGGUCGUAUCGAAGAGGAAGUGGGGGUGACCUAAUAGGGCCUAAUGACACAAGACCAAAGUCAUCUGUUGGUCAGAAUGAAUCUGAUCAUUGGUCUGAGGAAAACUAUGCCCAGAAAAUGCGUCAGUCAUCUCUGUAUCACUCACAUAUGCACAGUAGAUCAGCACUACGCUAUUCUCCUGCUGGCCCUCCUGACAACCCCAUCAUUGAUCAUCACCACCUGCACAGCAAUCAUAGCAGUGGGUCACAGCGGGUUCCUCCAGCUGGAGCUGCCACACCUGAUCUCUAUACCCCACACAAACAGACCCCGGUGCCAACAACAAUGAAUGCAACAAACAGCUUGAGGCGAGGCAUUGGUCAAGAGACACCUGAAAUGCCAAAACCGGACAUCGGUAUGGAUCCAAGAAGUGACAUGAAGCCAUACCCCAGACAUGCCCCAAGACAUACCCCACCUCAGCAAGACCUCAAACCAGAGCUGAGGCAUAACCACAGACCUGAUCCAUCACUUGAUCUUCGCCGGACGUACAACUAUGAAGAUGCUGCUCAGAAGCAUGAUGUGUCCCCUAACACCACACUGAACAGUGUUCCCACCCCACCAGGCAGCUACCCCAGCAGUGCCUCCCCCAAUGGCAGCGUGAAUAACAAUUUCAUGAGGUCCGCCUCGGCAAGGCUACCUCGCCAACGGUUGCAGGAUGAUGUGAUAAACACUUCUCUCCCAGAUGAUACCUCAGAUGGAGACACAAGGAAGAUGCAACAGCGAGAAGAAUCCAUGAAGCGACUACUGGAGUGGAAGCAGCGGAUGCUCCAGUCUCCUCUGACCCGCAAGCCCAAUGCUCGGCCUGAUGGCACCACCACACCUCAGCCCAGGACUAACCAUGAGGCUUACCGGCAGCAGGUGUUAAGUGAGCUUGCAAAUCAAGAAGCAAGAACGAAAGUCUUACAGAGUCAUUCUCACACUCAGAGUUAUGCGACCAGUCAAGAAACACACCCAGUGGCACACACAGGCCCAGUGGCAGGACAGUCCUUUGAGUACACAGGCAACCUAGGCACCUCACAGGGACAGGCCCCAUGUCAGAACAACUGGACUCCUGGUAUUCAGAAUGCAAACACUGGACAUAUGCAGCAUGGAGACUCAAAUCUAGGUGGCAUGUACUUCCCUCCUGGCAUGCCCAGUGAGCGCCCAGCACCUCAGGGAGGCUCCUCCCAGACUGGCUCUGACAGUGGGAGCAGCAAGAAAAGGGAGGGCCGCCGUGAGGCCUCAAGAACCAGACACGUGAGUGGUGAUGCUCGGCGAUCAACAUCAGCAUCACGAUACAACAGUUACUCCUCAGAUGAAGACGAUCUGCUGGAGGAACGAGAAACUCGGAAGAGAACAAGACGGAACUCAAGGAGGAGCAGUGCAGAUCUGAGUCGUGAUUCCAGGAGGCUUGUGAUGACUGCUGACACCUGUAAAAGUUAUGCGGAUGAUGACAGACUUCAAGGGUCUCCAGGAAACUUUGCCAGUGAUCAUCCACAGGCCGAUCCAUAUGUACCACAACAGACUUCUUUUAUUAACACUUCAAAGUCGUCUCCUGAUUAUGUGAACAUUAAUAUCGUGAGUGAAUCCCAGGAAGGAAGAACUACCGGUAUUGUCAGGAGUGCUACGGUGAGUGUGGAAAACAAAUAUGGUGAAAAGGCAGUAAGUCAGAGGGCUGAACCUGUGUUCAUUGAAAACCAUGAAGGAUAUGAUGAGGUACAGAGGUUUGACCAGCUGCCUCAAGAAGCAGAUCAACACCUCAGUGUUCCCAGAACUUGUGAGCAAAGUUUUGUGUACAGUGAUCAGAUAUAUGCAGCAAGGGAUCCCUAUUAUGUAUCUGAUGUGCAAUUACCUGCUAAAGCUGAUAAGUUUGAAGAAGAUAAAAGUGAUAUUUCUCCAAGCACUGGACUAAGAAGAGAAUAUAACAGUUCCUAUGGCACACAGAAUUCUGUACAAAGGAAAUACCAGAUGAAAAAUGAUUCAUUUGAAAUAACAGACUACAGUGGAGAUGGAUUAUCUGCUGACUAUAAGAAUUAUCACCAUGAUAUUUCAGUAAGAGAGGAAAGUUUAGAGAAUGCUGUUGGAUUCUCUUCCUAUGAUUCUCACAUAACUCACAAGCCAGAAAAUGUUGGCAUGCAUGCAUCCCAGAAGGGCAGCUCACAGGAUGACACCACAUCCACUGGUAAGUACUCUGACAGUGGUUAUGACACGCUGCGAGCAGAAAUGUCCCUUCGCAGGGAUGACAGAAGGAACCCCAGACCAGGUGCUUUGUGGACACCAGACGGUCUGGACAGCAGCCCCGAGUGUUCCAGUGUAGUGCGGAGACGUGGCUUUGACCAUGCAGGAAGACGGCCAGAGACCUGGAGCCCUGAGAAAUUUGACAGAUCAUGGGGAACAAUUGACUCAGACCUGAAAUCAAAAGUAGAUGAGUCAAAGGUUGUGAGAGAGUACAGCUAUGAGUAUAUUACUCCUGAGAAAAGUAGUGAUGCUGCUUUACCAGAUAGUUUUGCAAACUCCAACAUGAAUUUCAAGAAAUCAUCACCUUCUCUGACAUGCCUGGAGAGUCCCAGGAUGGUGCAAGAAACACAGCUUGCACAGAACCACAUGAAUUUAGUUCAGGAUCGCAUUAAGAAGUUUACAUCAAAGGCUUUAGAGACCAAAGAAAAUUACACAAAUAAUUAUGUUGGAGAGCCACAAAUGAAUAUGGGUAAGUUUGGAGAGUCAAAUAACAAUACUAAAAUGGCCUGCAUAAAUCCUGAGGUUCAGAAUUUUAGGGAGCCUCUGAAGGAACCUUUAAAGCCUCUCUCACCUCAGAUUAGGAGCUCUGAGGCAUUUGUCUCUCCUCUGAAAGCUGAAUUUGCAACAUCUGAGUCUACUGUAGUAACAGCACAAGAAGCUCAGGUCAAGAAUGUGUCUGAUUACAAGAGAAGGGAUGAAGUACUUGGCUCUCCACUGCCUGAGGAAUGUCCUCCAUCCAGUCUUAGACUCAAUUCUGCAUCUGAACCUUCAAGCAUAGAGUACCGGGAGCGGGAAUUGAGAAGUCCCCAAGACAUCAUGGAUUCCAGGUUAAGUCGUACAAACAUCAGGAAAUUCUUGUUCGAUGAUGAUGGUCACUCUGAGGAGCCCAAGCUUGAGCAGCCGACAACCAUUGUAAAGCCUCCCCUGAUGAAGAAGCCAACCCAGACUCGCUCAGUGAAAGCUCUUCUGAAGAACUUUGAGGAGAAGUCACUAGAGCAUAUGGAAAGGGUGAAUCUUAAUCAAGAUUGUUCAAGGAAAAAAUUUCAUAGUGAUUCUGAGAUGCUGUCAAAUGAAAGCUCCAGUGAUGAGUGUCAGAGUGAAGACCUGUUCACUGCUGCCCCAGAGAAAACAACUUUGUCUCCCACGUCCUCAGUCUUGGCAGAGCUCCGAAAGUCUGCUGAUGACAAGAAGGAUGAUGCAACACCACUUUUGCCACCACCCAGGCCACCAAAGAAGCCAACACUAGGUGGGGAAAUGGAUACUGUGGUAACUCCUGGUUAUCUGAGGUUGAGUCUUACAGAAUCCAUUCAGGAAUCUCUUAAGGUGCAAGAAGACAGUGAGAGUGGUGCUGAUGAGCCUAGCUGGAUGGAUACAACCCUUAAUAGUGAGCAGGGUAAGCAGAGCAGCCUACCCCUCAGUAAUGGUGAGUCAGCAAUUCUUGAUUUAGAUAAGCCUCCAGAGGAAGAAGCCCCACCACCACCACCUUUGUAUCCUCCCACUGAGAUUCAAAGUCCAGUAAUGAGACCGGAUCCAUACAAUGAGGAGAACUAUUUGCCCAUGAGUCCACCCAAGAAGCUUAGCCAUGGAUCCAGUGUCCUUGCUCCCGCCAGCUCUUGUAGUAGCCUAAGCAGCAAGCAUCUCCCUACACCAGAACCUAUCUAUCCAGAUAUCUUUGCCAAGACUGAAUAUGAAGAGCACACUUACAUAGAGAUGAGUGGAGAUGCUUCAUCCAGUGGAGCCUCUAUUUUAGCCACAGGUGGUCCUUCCAGGUUUGAUUUUGGCAGGACAAAUAGUGAGCUUUUAUUUCCUCCUGAAAGUCCUAGAUAUUAUGAAAUUGGUGAUAAGGAUGAAUGCCAGCACUAUGAAUAUAUUUACAAGGGACAACCCCAUUAUGAAGCUAUAUAUAUGGAAGUUCCAAACUCUGAAAAGGAGAACACAGGAGAAAGUGAAAAGCCUCAGAUUCCAAAUAAACCAGAUGAAUUGAAGGCUCAGCUAAAUGCAGACAGAAACUAUGCUUCAGAAUCUGCCCUAAACUCUUCGAUUAGUAAGCUAGAUUUAAAAUCUCAGUCUAAUGCAUCUUCUGAUGCUGAUGAUGAGGCUUCCAAGGACCUGGAGAGUCUUGACCCUCCCCGUAAUCCUCGCUUCAGCCUGUCGGACACCUUCCGACCAGCCUCUUAUUACCUGAGUGGUGCAGAACCAUCCAGUGAUCCUGAUGCACAAGACUCCUCAGACUCUGACCUUGUACCACCACCCCCAAUACCCAUGAGUCCACCACCUCUUGAUGAUCUGGAUACUGGGGGUCCCAAAGCCAAAAACUUUGACUUUGAUAACCUGGAGACGCCAGAUCCUCCGCCACAUCUUCGAAAUGCCCUAAGCUCUUCAAGGUCUUUAAGAGUCAGUCAAAGCAGUUUACGCGACGACCUUAGCUCCUCCAGAUCUUCAAUUGGAAAAGAUAAAAGAAUUUAUGAAAAAUCUGAGUCUUCACCAAGUCUUCAUACUGACAAGUUGAAACGAAGACCUGUCUUUGAGGAGACUCUUGAGAGUUUGCAUGAUGAUGACAAUUUUAUUUUGAGGUCUGAGGACCGUUACCCAGCCUCAGCAGCCUACCCUGAGGAUUGCUCAGCACCAGCAGCUGAGAAGUUCCAGCGAGAUAGACGGAAGCCUUUCCCACAGUGUGCCGAGGACAUCCUGCUCCCCGGAGAUAAACACGAACCUUCUGCUCGUCCCAAGUCUGCUCUGGACCACAAUUCAUCUUUCCAGGGAAAUUUAGAUACAUCUUACUCAUCAAAUAAUGCUGAAAACCCCUAUGUUAAUGAGGCCUUCCAGCAGAGCCUGAUGCAGCCUGCUAAUCCCUAUCAGAGUCCAGGGGAUGGAAGGGAAUACUGUAACAUCCCAUCAAAUGCAAAGAUGUUUAUGCAGCCAGAAAGAGAAAGAUCAAACUCCACUGGUUCACGGCCAAAGUCUCCAGAUCCCUAUGCAGAACGCAAUGAACUUUCUACUUACCAGAAUGUUCCUGCACCAAGAACAUCACUGUCAAAAAGAAAUUCUCCUCAGACCACAUCAGGAAGUGUUGAGCCAACAGGAUCACCAAUGAUUGAUGCUCUUCGUGGUGUUCACAGUCCAGUAGUCCAUCUGCAGCCAAAUCAUCAGAGGACAUCAUCAGAGGCUUCCUCCCGCAGUGUAGUGAGUCCAACAGCCAGUGUGUUGUCAGGCAGUGGCAGUCUGGCACCCAUUCACCUGAGAGCCACCUCCAAUGCGUCAGUGGGAAGUGAAACCAGUCCACGCUCUGCACCGUACUAUUAUUCUGACGUCAUACGUGAUGAUGCAGCAGUUGUCGCAGACGGUUUGGUUGGAACUCCACGCUCCCGGUCUUACCAGCUUAAUAAUCAGCGAGACCUGGAAGCCAAUAAAAGACAAGACAUUGGAAGGAAAGUUAAUCAGAUCAGCAGUUCUUCGGAUUUUGAACAGAGACGAGAAAGAUUAGCACAUGAGUUAAGGACAUCAAUGGAAUUCCUUGAAGGUAAAACGGUGUCAUCACCAGAUGAACGCAAUGUAUACGAUUCUGACACUUUGCGUAAAAUGAAGCGACGCGCUUACACACCUGAUCCUGAGCUGGAUGCCAAGAAUGUAUUCCCUCAUGGCCUCUCCAUCAAGACUGACAGUCCUCCUUUGGGUCCUCCAAUGGGCCAUCGUCGAACCCGAUCCCUGGAGGGACUCCUUGAUGACCCUCCUCGUCCUUUUGUUGGAGAAUCUAACAAUGUUCAAAGUCCCCUUGAUGUCAACAAGAUGUGUGGUGGAGGCCCAUCUCAGGGAUUCAAUCGGGCUAACACCGCAGCCUUUCCCAGCAGUUACUCAGCUCACUUUGGUAUGAGAGGAGGUGCAGGAGCUCCUUUGAACUCAGCCUCCCCCUCACCACAGGCUGCAGUUACUUCUAAUCGAGGGGCAGUUUCUCAGAUGGCUAGUCAACGAGCCUCUGUGAGCAGCUUCCAUAGCAGUGGAAGCUUGCCUCAGAGGACUACUUCUCCUUAUGCUACGUCACCUCUGCCCGUUUCCCCUGUGCCUCCUUACCAAGUGGGUAGUCGUGACAGUCUUGUCAGCAGAGAGAGCUCCACGAGUCGUAUCUCCAGCUAUGAUCCCCGAGUUGGUAACGAGCCACGCAGUCCUUCUAACCACGAAACUCUGCAUGAGGAACAGGACUGGGAGGAUGAUACUCAGUGGCGUGAACAGCUUCGUCGAGCUUCUUUGCGUCACACAAGAUCACUAGAAACCCUGGACGAGGGACGGCCACGGCGUGUUGGUGAUGGCGCUAGUAGAGAAGGUCGCCCUCCUGCCAAGCUUAGUGUGCCAAGUAAUGGCUGCCCAGUCCCUCAAGAAAGCAGUCAGCAGAGAUUGCAGCAGCUCCACUGGGAUGAAUACACGGUGGACUACAGGGAAGGACGCCUCGGCUCAAACCAGUACAGAAACAGCGGCCCUCUUCACUCUGAGACUUUGGAGAGAACCCGCCGUGGCCUCACGUGCCUCGAGGGUUACGAGUGGGAUGAGGCAGAGGAAAAGUUCAAGAAGCCUGGCCAGGCAGGGCGUCCUCAGCAGCCUCUGCCACAAUCCCCUCCCAACUCUGUAACACAUCAGCCUUUUUUAGUCGACGGCCUCCCACCUUCACCCGGGACGGAGGGCGAGGAACAGCGUCAGUGCCAGGUCAGCCCGGCGCCGCCCCCCGCCCACGCGCCUCCCUCCCCGCCUCCGCAGCUCCAGCAGCAUUUUUUAGCGGGCGGCGGUGAGGGCUCAGACGCAUCCUCGGGGGUAGGAGGGAGGCCCCCUGAUGAGUUUCAGGGGCGGGAAGAGCCUCCGGCCACAUCGCCCGCUUCACCCGUAGCGUCCCCAGCACCGCAGGACGCCACCUCCACACACCCAGUGCCUGACAUUAUCCCUCCACACGAUGUUAAACUUGGAGAAAGUCUACCUCGCCGGCUGGAAACCAACCCCACCUCUUCAUCGGGGACUCAGGGAUCCGGCCACACCCACACCCACCUACACGCCCACCACCAAAACUACCAGCACCAUUCCCACACCCACCACCAGAACUACCAACACCAUCCACACCCGCACUCCCAGAACCAGUACCACCACUACAAGAGCGACGACCUACACAAGUACCACCACUACCAGGGACAGAGCUACCAAAGCAACGGACCGUCUUACUCCAACUACCACGGGGGACACGGCUACCAUCAAAACUACCAGGAGAACCCUUCCACCUACGCCAACAACUAUAAACAUGCUCAAAACCGCGCCGUCACCAGCUAUCAGGAGGGUCAGCAGCCGCACCAGACCACCGUAAUCGCUGACUACAACACGCUCAGCAGCCAGCACAGCAGCGGGAGAGGCAACGGCACCUACAGGGCAGGCCACUAUGACUUCCAGGAUUAUCAUAACUACAAAAACCACCAGCAGGACUAUAAGCAUCACCAGCAAGAGUAUAAACAUCACCAAGACUAUAAACACCACCAGCAAGAUUACAAGCAUCACCAGCAAGAGUACAAGCAGCACCCCGAGUAUGCCACGUAUGACAAGCACCUGCGUCCCCACGACCAGCGGCUCAACGGGCGCCUGCACGGAGACCUUCACCAGCAGCAGCAGUUCUCAGACUCCGAGCUCACCGUGUCCAAACAGCAGCAGCAGCAGCAGCAGCAAGCAGCACUGGCGGCGGCACCGCCGGGUCAGGAUAGCGUGGAUGUGCGGGGUCUGCAGGGACUGAGUGCUGGGGAGUUGCUGGGCAAGACUCACGAGGAGUUAGUAUUACUCCUCAUUCAACUCCGACGCCACCACUCGGCCCUGCAGUCAGCGAGGCACCACUCCCGCGUCGAGAGGGACUCCCAGGCCCGCCUGGCACAGCUAGACGGGGAGCACCGUGACGACCACCUGCGCCGCCUAGCCAGUCUCAAUCACCACCUACACGACCUUGACAAACAGUACGAGAUGGGCAAGCCUCUCAUCAACUUGGUGGACAACAUGGUCAAGCUGGGCUCCCUGUACCGUGGGGGAGACUCCAGGCUGCCCCCCCACCAGGACCCACGAGCCAGACCUUACUACCAGGUAAAUGGCUUUGAUUCACUUCAGUUCUCCCGAAGAAUACAAGAAAGAAGAAUAGUGGCUGAGGAUCUACAGCUGCAGGAGCAUGAGUUGGCUGCUGCUGACCAGAGUGACCUGGAGGGAAAAGUGAUGCAAUUGUAUAAGUUGGACAAGAACCUGCACCAAGAAUCACUGACCAUUCAGAGCUUGCAGAGAGAGAAGGAGAUGCUGGAGCGUACCCUAGUUAAUCUACAGUCCAAGUCUCAUGGAGCAAAUGAAGGACCUGUAGAGCUUGAGCGCAGAAAGAAACAGAGACGACACUUGGAACAUGAGCUAUCCAAACUUCGUGCUCACCUUGCUGUAUCUGCAAGGAAACUUGAAGAAACUGCUGCUGAAAACAGUCGUCUGGAACAUGAAAUGAUGAUGCUGAGACAGAAGAUUCAAAUAACAAUGGCCCGCAACUGUCAGAAAGAAAGUGUUGGCACCACUGAAACACGCCACAUUGAAUCUGAGAUGAUGCGAGUGCAGACACUUCUGGAGGACUUACAGCGACGAAGAAUUGAAUUGAGUCACCAAAUACAGAAGUUAACAUCAGCAAAUCCUGGGAUAGAGAUCCGGCCUUCUCCAACUGGUGUGGUCGGUGCAGCUCCCAUACCAUCCAGGCGAAGAUCUCACAGCACCUGGCUGGAGACUGAUUUGGAUGCCAUGACCACCAGAGACAGAGGGAUGGACCCUCCAGAGACUGGCAGGCGGAGUAAUGCUCCCGUCUAUGUAAAUGCGUCUGGAUAUGGUGAUGAGAUCAGUCCCAAUGAAUAUUCAGAAAGUCCUGACUUCAAUGAUUCUGACUACCCUCCACCACCACCUGCACCUGAACACAUGCGCUCCUAUAACCAGCUCCUUGAUUAUGAAACUCCUAUAUUGGAUAAUUAUAAAUCAGAUCAAAUAUAUCUUCAAUCUCAGUCAUCUUUGGGAGAAGCAAAACAAAGACAGAUGUUUUUAAAUGGUGACAACUCAAUGAGACCGAUGAUGACACUGGACCGUGAUGCUGCUGACAACAAGCCAGAUGGAGAAGAGCAACAACAUCCAACAAACCAUAUGGAUAUUAAUGAUGCUGAUGACAGAAUGAAGAGAUACUAUGGCAUUCUUCCUAAAGAAAAACCUUUAGAAAUCAAAACAGUAAGAAUAGUUAAGAGGGAAUCAACAGAGAGAAGAAAAGAUCGCACAACAGGAAAGCGCGUAACAAUUGGGGAUUCCAGCCUGACUCACCUGCUGGAAGACGACGUGGAGAGUGAUGGCUUCUCAGAUGUGGAGAAUGAGGCUCCUCCCAUGCCUUCAUUUGCUUCCAGGUCUGCGUCUCUGCCACGUAACUAUGGCCGCAAUGGCCCGGGAGAGAAGGUCAGUAUGAUGGCAGCCAUGAUGAGGACCAGUGUAGGAAAUGCUGGAACCAUGACUCGUCCAAGCAAUCUCGCACUGAGGAAAACAAACUGGAAAUCCAAAAAUGAGAACCCCAAAGACCGACCAUUAAGUGCACAUGAGCAACUCUUUGGUUUCUCUCGUGAAUCUGAGCCAACACCCCCAGCCUCCCCCUCCAAGUCAGACCCACCCUCCCCUGUAUUCAAAAGUGCUGCUGCCAAAGAAAUUAUCAAGGAAAUGGCUUCUGAAGCUGAAAAGCAUCGCCGAGCAGUUCCAAAAGAGAAAAGAAGACACUUUACUAUCUCCAGUAGUCAUCCCUUAACACUAGAGACAAGGGACACAGGUGCUCAGGAGGGUGCCAGAUCUCGAGAUGACUGUGACAUGGAGUGUGCCUUAAGACCACGUAACCAUCCUGAUGUUGUCAAGUCAACUUUAAGUACAAGAGAUCUCCGCUUUAAUGAAUCUACAAUAGACAACAUUCUUGGUGCUCCAAAUAAGAUUUAUAUUCCUGAGAGAUAUAUGCCAGAUGCAGAUGAUGAGAAAGAGCCUACUGAGGAAGAACGGGUACACAGAGAACAGAAGGCUGAGUCAAUUCGGAAAAUGUUAUCAGAGACCCAGACCACAGUGACAAAAGGUGAAGCAGAGGAAAGUUCAUCGAAGCAUGAGGGUGUUGCCAGCUCCACGGCACUCAAAGCCAAAGUUGCAGCAGAGAAGAAGGAGCGAGAACAUCUUCUUGCUCUGAACCAGAUCCUUGCACGCCAGGUCAUGGAGAAGAGCCGAGUAGUAGCAGUUCGAGCUCUUACCAUGUUGACCAAGCAACCAAGUUCUUCCGAUGAUGACCUCUCACCCAUGCAACCACUUCCUCUUGUGCAGCAACGGGAAAACUACCUCGUCUAGAGAACCAAGGAAUAAUCUCUGUAUGAUAGGUUGGAAAUGCCUUUACUUCAAUAUUUAGAAACUUACCUAGUCUAGCAUCAUGUUGUUUAUGACCAAAUAAAGUAAUUGUGGAAGAUUGUCAUUUAUAAAAAUUGUUACAUCCAAUAAUAAAUGUUUUGUGUUUCUAUGCACAUCAGUUUGUCAUAGAGUGGAACUCUGGAAAAUGUUCCUGUAGACUGGAAAUUACAUCAUAUAUAUAUAUAUAGCAAAGUAAUCAUACCUCAGAAAUCAAAAGAUAAUCAAACUUGAAAAAAGCUUUGUAGGCAAACAUUCUUGUCUUGGAUUAGAAAAGAAAAAAAAUGCAUAAUGUAAGAAUCAGGUUAUUUAAUUCUGAAUACUGUACUCAAUACAUACAUUUUUGUGUGUUAGCAUUAUGAAAAUAUUAGCAACAUAUGAAAGAUUUUACCAAAUGAUUUACCAUCAGCUUAUUAUUGUAACAUAGUUGAAAGUGUUUACAUAAGAAAUGUAAAUAAAAAUUACUGUGACAAACAAAAAAAGAAAAAAAUAUAUGAAUUACAUACACAUGCUUAUUGUUAUUAAUAAGCAUGUUGUUAAAUUUUCAGUUCUCAUUAAAAAAGAAAUCAUGUAAGUUACUUUUUGAAAUGCAUAACAUAUACAGAAAUCUGCCUUACAAGUCACUACUCAGAAGUGUGCCAAGUGUGAGAGAUGGAUACAGGGCAGCCUCCUCAUCAGCUCAUCAGAACGUUUUGGUCAUACUCACGAUGCUCACACACACAACGUCUCUAUCGUGAAAUCAAAUGCAGUUGUUAUAGAUCAAUGUAUAAUACUUAAAUCUUUCUGUAAUAUAUUUGCUCAGCUGCUCUUCCAAAUGGAGAUAGUAUUUUUUACAUACUUUUAUCCUAAAUUGAAUGAGUUCCACACAUAUUGUUAUAUAAAUAAUUAGCAAGAUACUGAAGUGAAGCCAAUCCCUAUUUCAGUAUUAAAGCUGACAUUCAAUGUAAUACUGAAUGUCCACACACUUGAGCUUCCAAUGUUGUAUUGAAGGUGUUCCAGUAUCUCCAGUUUUAUGGUGAUUGUUGAGGAUUUUUACCAAUGAGCUACUUUGUCUUGAUCUAUGAAUCCAGUCUCGGUGCCACAUUAACUGGAGCUGGUUUGUCAGUUAUGUAGGAUCUACUUAUAUUGUUACACUAUGUAUUUUGUAUGUAUUUUUAGGUACUAUCAUUUUGUAGUUUUUGUUGCAAGAGAGAAUGUUGUCUAACGGUUGCUAUUUUUCUAUAUAUUUACGUAAGAAGUCACCCACAGCUUGGAUAUGCCACUACGGCAGCUUUUGUGUAGGUACUGUGAUUUUUGUAUCCUAAUGACUGACAGCCGGCUGCAAUAUAUGACGUAGUGUAAAUAUUUUAUAUUCUAUUACUAGGUAGAUUUUUUAUUGAAGGUAUCUCUUGCAUUUUUUUAUAUUUUGCCUUGAAGUAUUAUAUGUAUAUUAUUUUUUACUUAAAGGCCUAAAAUUUGAAACUAGCUUUAAAACUACAUUUAUUGUUACUCAAUACACAAAUUGAGUUCUUUCAGACAUAUCUAAGCAAUAAUGUUCUGUACGAUUUUUUCUCAACAUUACCAAGUAUUGAUAUCAGUGUGGUGAGACUGACAAAGAAAAUUUUUAUCUAUUAAGAUUUUAUAUGCCUUCAGUAAUUAUAUAAGAAAUAUGAGAAAGACUGUGCUGUUGGUUAUAAAUAUCAAUGUAUAUUUUAACUGCUCCUGAACUUGUGUAUUUUUUACAAAAAGCUAUUGCCAUAUAUUGCCAGUACUAUUUUUUGAAAGUUGUGCAAAAGAUUGUAUUGUGCAAUAAAACCUGAUUGAUUGA